AUGGCGCCCUCAAAGGAAGUCGUCGCUACCGGUUCGGCCGCUGUCGCCGCAAUUGACCCUGAUCAGACCCUCAAGGCGUCCAAGGCUCUUUUGGCACACAUCAAGAAGGCUUCCAAGCAAAAGGCCGACGAGUCUGAAAAGCGCAACCUCCUCGAAGACCAAGACUCGGAAAAGAUUCCCAUCUGGCUCAACUUGACCACCAAGCGCCACAUCGUCGACAAGGCCCGUCUGCAGCCCGGCAAGAUCUCCCUUCCUCACUCGCUCAACAACGACGAGACCACGACUAUCUGUCUAAUCACCGCCGAGCCUCAGCGCCACUACAAGAACCUUGUCGCCUCCGAGGAGUUCCCUGAGGAGCUCCGCAAGCGCAUCACUCGUGUUGUCGACUAUGGCAAGCUCAAGGCCAAGUACAGCCAGUACGAGGCUCAGAGAAAGCUCUUCAACGAGGCCGACAUCUUCCUUGGCGACGACCGCAUCAUCAACCGGUUACCCAAGCUCCUAGGCAAGACCUUUUACAAGACAACACAGAAGCGACCGGUUCCCGUCAACCUGCAGGCCAAGGCUCCCAAGGUCGACGGAAAGCGACAGAAGCGUGUCAAGACCGAGGGCACCGUCAACUCUGGCACAGCUGCUGAGGUCGCCAAGGAGGUCCAAAAGGCAGUCGACUCUGCUUUCGUCAGCCUCACCCCAUCAACAAACACUUCUAUCCGAAUUGGAUACUCUGGUUGGACCGCCCAGCAAGUUGCCGACAAUGUCGACGCUGUUGUUACCGGUAUGAUCGAGAAGUGGAUUCCCCAGAAGUGGCGCAACAUGAAGAGCAUCUACAUCAAGGGACCCGAGACCACUGCUCUCCCCAUCUGGUUGACCGAUGAGCUCUGGAUUGACGAGAAGGAUGUCAUUGCUGAGGAUGAGGCGGCCAAGGAAAAGGCCAACAUUGGCAAGAAGCGCAAGUCGCUCGAGAACGCCGAGGAGGUCGAGGCUGCACCAAAGAAGGCUAAGAAGCGGAAGGAUGUUCCCGAGGCCGACGACAACAAGCUUGAUAAGCAAAUCUCUGACCGCAAGACCCGAUUGAGAAAGCAAAAGGCUUCGGCCAAGAAGGCUAUUGACAACUAA